GGUCGAGCCCCCUUUCAGAGACUUGUGGAACAGCUGAGCAGAGAACUAACUGAGAGAGCAACAUCCUAGAAUAAGAUCUGCAAGUCUGUUGGGUUUGGUUGGGUUUUAGUUAUGCUGGUCUGUGAACAAGCAAACAGGACCAAAACAGAACCAAGACAAGACCUAAAUAGGACCUAAAUAAGGAAAAUAUUUUAUUCCAAGUGUCCCAAGACUCAAGUAGCUUCAUCUUGUGAGCUGCUAUUAAGGACCAAAAGAUGGCACUACCCGAAACCCCCGAGUUUGGCUUGAAGGCAAGCAGCAUCAUCACAGAAUGGAGUGGGCAGGUUCAACCGGCUCUAAUGUUCUCCUUCAUCUUCCUCUUCUGCCUGGAAGCCUGCCUCUGGAUCCGUAACCUCGCUCACAAGAAGCGUCUGCCAGGACCCUUUGCCUGGCCGCUGGUGGGCAAUGCCAUGCAGCUGGGCCAAAUGCCCCACAUCACCUUCUCCAAGCUUGCGAAGAAAUACGGCAACGUCUACCAGAUCCGCCUGGGCAGCAACGACAUCGUGGUUCUAAACGGCGAUGUGGCGAUACGUCAAGCUCUGAUUCAACACAGCAAGGAGUUUGCCGGCAGACCGAACUUCCUCUCUUUUCAGCUCGUCUCCGGAGGUAGAAGUAUGACUUUCAGCAACUACAGCGAACAGUGGAAGGUGCACAGAAGAGUGGCCCAGUCUACCUUAAGAGCUUUUUCGUCAGCAAACAGCGACACCAAAAAGGGAUUCGAGCAGCAUGUGGUGGCAGAGGCCAUGGACAUGGUGAAGAACUUUCUCAGACUCAGUGCGGAUGGGCAUUACUUCAACCCUUCGUGUGAGUUCACGGUCGCUGCUGCUAACGUCAUGUGCGCUCUCUGCUUUGGGAAGCGUUACGGACAUGACGACCCAGAGUUCCGGACUCUUCUGCGUAGAGUGAACAAGUUUGGAGAGACCGUAGGUGCUGGGAGCUUGGUGGACGUCAUGCCUUGGCUUCAGUCGUUCCCUAAUCCGGUGCGCAGUGUCUACCAGAACUUUAAGAACCUCAACCAUGAAUUCCAUGCUUAUGUAACAGACAAGGUGGUGCAGCACAGGAACACCUACAACCCUGACGUAACUCGAGACAUGAGCGACGCCAUCAUCAGCGUGAUAGAGCAUGGCAAGAACAACGUGCUGACUAAGGACUAUGUGGAGGGGACGGUGACUGAUCUGAUUGGUGCAGGGCAGGACACAGUCUCCACGAUGAUGCAGUGGAUAAUUCUGCUGUUAGUGAAGUAUCCAGCCAUACAGGCCGAGCUCCACGAGCAGAUUGAUAAAGUCGUGGGUCGUGACAGACUGCCAUCAAUGGAGGACAAGGUCAAUUUGGCUUGCUUGGAAGCCUUCAUCUAUGAAACCAUGCGCUACACCAGCUUUGUGCCUGUGACGAUCCCCCACGCCACCACCUCCGACGUAACAAUCGAGGGCUUUCGCAUCCCCAAAGACACCGUGGUCUUCAUCAAUCAGUGGUCCGUCAACCACGACCUGGAGAAGUGGCAAGACCCGCACGUCUUCAACCCGUCGCGAUUCCUGGAUGAGAAGGGAAACCUUGACAAGGACAUGACCAACAACGUCAUGAUCUUCUCCACAGGUAGAAGGAGAUGCAUCGGCAACCAGAUCGCCAAAACCGAGGUCUUCCUGUUCUCGGCCAUCCUGCUUCAUCAGUGCUCCUUCGAGAGCAACCCCUCUCAGACCCUCAGCAUGGACUGCUCGUACGGCUUAGCGCUGAAGCCCAUCGGCUACACCAUCACAGCCAAGCUCAGAGGAAAGCUCCUCGGUCUCGUGUCACCAGCAUGAAAUCGUGAAGACGUGAACUUGCCAUGCAUUGAUGGCAUCCAAUUCAAUGUUGUUCACCUCUCACUCGAGGUGAACAAAGACUGAAAUGUAAGCCAUGUAACAGUGAGUAUUAACUAGUAAUGCACUGAAUGCCCUUGUAUAUUGAGCUACAUAUUUAAUAUAUAUAUAUAUUGAUUAAUCACACUUUUUUGUGUUACUUUUGUAAACAGUGGGCAAAAAAAACGAAAACUUUUGUCACGUUUAAUGCAUAUAUGCAAAAUGCGUUUUCUGACUAGUAGAAGAUUUAAGGUUUAUACAGUAAACCUUCGUAUUCUUGAUCCAGUUUUCCAAGUAAAAAGAAGCCAGUUGUGAACUUAUGUGAGUUAAUUAAGAGUCCUUCCAACAAAUAGUCCUUCCAUAUAUCAACAAUUUCUCCCUUUUCUUUCUUAGUUUAAAAAAAGAAAUUGGACAACUUUUUUACAUUUAAAAAUAUAAAUAAAAUAAUGAUGUAUGUAUGAACUACAAUAGUACAGUAGUAGUAAAGGAAAUACUUAGCUUCCCUAAAAGUUUUCCUUUUAGCUGUCUUGUUAAAUGAAUGAAUGAAUGAAUGAAUGAAUGAACAAAUGAACAAAUUAAUGAAGCUACAGUAUAUUAGUGCAUUCAUCCAUUUUUGCAUCUUGUGGUUUAUAGUACUCUUAUUUUAACUCUAUAUUUCAGGUAUCUUUGAAGUAUUAAGCAUCUGUUUUUAUAGCUAACACCACCUACUGUACCAUGAUGAAAUAAAUGAUGAAGACUUUGAAGAAGUAGUUUUAGUGUUAAAAUGACUUAUUGACUGUGAUAAUUUAAAGCUGAAAGUGAGGUAGGCAGGUUUAGUAGCUCAGGAUUGAGGGUUGGUUUCCCUGACAUGGAUAAAGCCUAGUCUUAGACUACAUAUCUCUUCAGAACAGAGAUUAAGCCUAACUGUAGACUAUAGUUUAAUUUCAAUGGAAAAAAAAACUCUGUGCAAAAUGCUGUGUAGUCCUAGACUAGACGUAAUCUAUUUAGGAAAAACCUUCUAGGAAAAACCACCCAUAGAGUUUUACCCAACAUCUUAUCUCACCUCCAGAUCCUGUGUUUAUAUUUCACCUGUUUUUGCAACCAGGUUAAACAGGUUCCUAAGAAACCUUUAUAUCAUGUUCUACAUUUUAUGACUUAAACUGACUGUUUGCACUGAAUGUUUUUAUUUCAAGUGCUUGUUCAAGUGCUCUAUAAGCCAUGCCACACAUGUGUUUUUAAAGUGCAUGCAUUCAGGAAUUUAUAAAGCUGUUUCAAAGCCAAGGAAUAAACCCAUUUUUUGAAUGUCCAAGCAAAGCAGUUCUGUCAAUUCUGCAUUGUUUGUUUUGUUUGUUAACUCUUUAAAAAAUAAGCUACUCUUGAUGUGAAUGGAAUAAAAGUGACAUUUAAUACAUUUAAAAA